AUGAUGGGUUCGAAGCAGCGGCGGCGCCGCCGCCGCUGGUGGUGCUGUUCCUUGGCUGCUCCGCCGGAUAACGGCGCUCUCUCGCACGCUAACUCCCUACGUUCACAAACGGCCUCGUGUGAUAAGAAGAGUGAAAUUGCGUCCCCUAAGGCGGAGCACCACCAGAAGCUGCCUCGCACCCGCGGGAUCCUUUCGCCGGGUAGGGUUUCCCCGAUCUCCGACCAACCGGUGAUUGCGAUUAAUUCUCUGCUUCCGCCGCCGCCGUUUCAGAGCGGAGAACAGCCGGAAUCGCCGCCGGCGGAAGGUGAUUCGGAGUCGAGCGUGGAAGAGGAGAGUAGUUCGGCGGUUUUUGAUGUGAGAUUGAAUCUGGUGGGGAAAAAUGGGAAAAAGUUGAUUCUGGAGGUGAAUUCGGAAGUGUUAACGGCGAACAGUGGCGUUUUCGCGAACUUGAUCGCCUAUCAUCGCCGGAGCUCCGGCGCAGGCGGCGUCUGCGCGAUCGACGUGCCGGAGGUGGAGAAUUUAGGCGUGUUCAGUGAGACAAUCAAGCUCAUGUUUGAGGACGACGAUCCAAAGCAGCUUCUUAAGACUGGAGUUCCUGGCGCCAUUAAUAUGCUCGAGGUGUCGGCUGGGAUCAAGUUCGACCGGGGAGUUUCAUCGUGUUUAAAGUAUCUCGAAUCAAUGCCAUGGACUGAAGAGGAAGAGCAGAAGCUAAAGGAAUCGAUCGCAAAACUCAGGCUCGACUACGCCUUAACGACAGGCAUCUCCGACCGACUCUUCGCCCGCAACUCGAUGGAUUCGCAACAAACAUUGACUAAACAUCUCAUUUCAUCGAUCACCACCUGCACCGAUUCCUACGCCAGGAGCGAGCUGAAGUCUUUGAUCAAAAGCCUCUUAUCCGAAACCUCCCUCAACGAAACAGACUAUCCGGAUAUGAAGGAGGACAUAUUCGCGGUCUGCAGGUCAUGUCUAGGUUCUCUAAACUGUCUGUUCGAGGAGGCCACCGGAAAUGAUGAACGACAGGCGAUUGCAAAGACGGAUAGCAACAAAACUCUCUUAGAGCGCAUCUCGAAGGAGGUAGACAACUUAAACUGGCUGUUCGAUAUCCUUUUCUAUCACCAAAUGGCGGAGGAUUUUGUCGUGCUUUGGGCAGAUCAAAAGGAGCUGCUCAAGAUGCACGAGAAUACGUCUCCAAUGGUGAGGUACGAGAUUAGUCGAGUCUCAGCAACACUUUUCAUUGCAAUGGGCGCCGGGAAACUUCACUGCCCAUCCGGGACGAGGCUAGCGCUUCUCCAGGCAUGGUUUCGACCAAUGCUCUCGGAUUUCAGUUGGCUACACAGGUGUAGAAAGGUGCUAGACAUGAAGGCCUUGGAGGAAGCCAUGGGGCAAGCGCUGCUUACGCUUCCCAUCCACGAGCAGUGUCCGAUGUUUAUGGAGUGGUUCCAUUAUUUCUCCAGGCACGGAACCGAAUCCCCUAAUCUCAGCAAAGCAUUCUCGAUUUGGUGGCGCAGAUCAUUCCUCGGACGCUCAGAAACUCUCACCGGCGUAUCCAGAUCUCAAUUUCCCUGAGGACUGCGCUACGAUGGCAUUUGUUCUCUACAUAAAAGGUUUUACGCUCACGGCAUUGCAUUGCGUCGCGUCGUCUCUUAUAUUCUGCGCCAUCUCGUGUUACCUGUUCAUCUGCCACGGUAUCUGCGAGGAAUUUGUAGUUCUAUGCAAAAGAGUCUACGGUACGAUUCAGAUGUCUCACUUGUUUUUCUUCCCACCGGCCAGGAUACGCUGAAUUUGCAAGCCUCGGCUGAAUGCCUGAUUGAAGAGCAGCCGGGUUUGGAACUCGUUGACGAAAGGGAACCAUGCGAGGGUCGCGACAGGAGCGAAGAUCGCUAUACACAUGAUGUACUCGUACGCUUUUGCGAGGGAUUUAACAGAGUCCCACAUUCCCAUUGCCUUCACUGUUUUUCUGCACGCUUGUGCAAUCUGCAGCAGCGCCCAUCCUGUUGGCAAGAACCCUAAUAAACUGACGAAUAUGUCGCCCACGGUGAGAUCUGCGAAGUUAAUGCAGAUGAUGAUCGUCGCGACAGAGGCAAUAAACAGGAAGAGCUUCAAUAGCCUGAAAAUCAGCUGGAAAUCGGAGUUCAGCUUCUGUCUUCCCAUCGAUACAAUCUGCAAGAGAGAUGAGAAUGUAAGAGUCGUGUAAGUUUAGCACAAAGAUACACUGCUGUAAGAAAUGAGAGCAGAUUGUCGACAUCGUUAACCUUGAGAAUGAUCAUGACAGCAACGAUGACGAACCAAGACAGAGCGUAAACCUGCAGGAACCAAAGAAUGUGCAAGGCAA